AUGGCUCCACCUACACGGGAGAGUGGCUCGGUCCUCAUAGACACGGGCACGGCUUGCAGGUAUGGCCAGAUGGUGCUCGCUAUGAAGGUCAGUGGGAGAACGACAAGGCACACGGCUUUGGACGCUUCGAGCACACCGAUGGGGACAUCUAUGAGGGAAACUGGCUGGUGGACAAAGCUCACGGCCGAGGCACCUACACCCAUGCGAGUGGAUCGAAGUUCAGCGGUGAAUGGCAGGAUGACAAGCAGCACGGUUAUGGCGAAGAAACGUGGCCUGAUGGAGCGCGCUAUGCCGCUCGAACAACGCUGUUUUGGAGGUCAGGUCGAGGGGACUUCACUUGGGCUGAUGGGUCGAGUUAUUCAGGACAGUUCUUCGAGAAUGACAUCCAUGGGGAAGGAAAAUACAGUUGGGAGGAUGGCCGUGUCUACGAAGGUCAGUGGGACAGGAAUCGAAUGCACGGCAAGGGCAAAUUCAGAUGGGCAGAUGGCCGCGUCUAUGAAGGUGGCUACGUGA